UGGGCGCGGCGCAUGCGCGGAGCCUCCUGGGGAGGGCGGCGGCGGCGGCGUGCGCGGGGGCGGUGUUGUCGGGAGCGCGCACGAGCCGCGAUCCCGGAGCUCCGGGGAUCCCAGCACCUGGAUCUCAGCACCCUGGGAUUGCCCUGUUCCUCCUGAAGCUCAGCCAUGACCGACCAAGAGUUUGUUCUGUGCAAAUGGAAGAGACGUUUGUGGCCAGCCAAGGUUUUGUGCAAACCCGGAGUUGCUGGGAGCAAUCCUGUUGCCACCACGAGAAAGAUGGGAUUUAAAGCUGAAAUCCUUGGCUUGGAGAAGCAGGUCAGUGUGAGCUCUGCAAACACCGUUCCCCUGACAGAGGAGCAGAUCAAGGCCAUCGUUUCCACCUUGGAGCAAAAACACGACGUGAGUGAGGCCGUGGAGGAACUGCAGUAUCGUUGUUCCCUUAAAAUUGCCUUGGAUAUCCUGCAGCAAAAUGACUCGGAGAAUCAAGUGCCACCUGCAGAAGGAGCAAAUCCCAAAUUUUCCCAGGAAAACAACGUGGGAUCUGCCUCACCUGCCCCCUCACGCGGCUCCUUGUUGCGCCUUCGUUCUAAAAAAUUGGAAGCUGAGGCUGCCAAGAGGCAGAGAAACACCAAAAGUAACUGUGGGAUGAAGGAUGAUCCCAAAGCACAGAGCAGGGGAGGUUCUGUGGUUCCAGAGGGGAGUGGAAAAGCUCGUGGAAGUGGGACAAGCCCUGCCAAAGCACGUGGAGAUGGAGCAAGCCCUGGCAGAGCACGUGGGAGAGCAACAAACCCUUCCAGAUCUGGUGCCAGGGACUUGUGYGUGGCACCAGCCCCUGAGAGUCACAACUGCAAAAAAACAGAACAGAAAUCAUCACCMAGACAGAGAAAAAUCCAGCCCAAAACAGGGAAUGGAGUUUCCCGUAAGUCAAAGGUGGGAAGAAGUCAGCAAGGAAGGAAAAGAGGAUUUAGGGAUGAUUCCACCCAGGAUCAAACACAGCUGGCUCCUGAGGAGGGGUCUCCACCUCUCCCCUCCAAAUCUGGUACCAUGGAACCUGCCAGAAAGACAGACACUCAGCCUGAGAGAACAUUCCUGGCUUCCUCCUGUGAGAGUGCCUCAGAUGAGCUGGAGAAAAGCAUCAGCAGUGAGAGUGAAAGCCUGGCAAAGCAGCUGGAUGGAAGGAGAGAGGCAGAGGGUGGAAAACAGCUGGAUGGGGCAGAUGUGGCCUCAGGCACUGACAGGAAAUUCAGGAACCACUCUGGAUCCUCACCUGGACCUUCUGGUGCUUUCCCUCAGCCUCAAGAGGAGGAAAACCAGGAUCUCUCACAGCUGGCUGGRAAUAAAGCCCCUGGCUCUGAGGAGGAUGAAGGGCCAAAAUCCUCGGGUAUGUCUUCAAGAAGAGCUUCCUGGGAGAGCCUCCCUCCACUGUCACCUCUGAUGGAUGAAGAAGAGGAAUAUUUGCCAAGUGUSCUGUCCCAUCAGGAACCCAAAUUCUUCAAGGAAGGAAUGUUGGUAUGGUGCAAGCUGCGACGAUAUCCGUACUGGCCAGCAGUGGUGAAAGCAGUGAAGAGGAAGCCCCGRAGGGCCUGCGUGCUCUUCAUAGAUGGCACCACAAACGAGAAGAAAAGAGGUUUCUCAGUGUCUCUGAAGAGCCUGAAGCACUUUGACUGCAAGGAGAAGCAGGAGCUCAUAGAACGAGCCAAGGAGAACUAUUCCCGRGAGAUYGAGUGGUGCCUCCAGCUGAUCCUGGACUAUCGGAUCCGAGUGGGUUGUCAGUCUUUCACCGGAUCCUUCCUGCAGUAUUUUGCGUCUGAUGUCAGCUACCCAGUGAGGAAAGAAGGAUACCAGAAUGUGGUGCAGAUGACAUUUCCAAACACUGAGGAGGAAUGUGCUGGAGAAUGUUCCUCAGACACUUCUCCCCAGAAACCCCCAAGGAAGCUCCUCCCUGACAGGUCCAGAGCCGCCAGGGACAGAGAGAACAAAAAGCUGGUGGAAUUCAUAGUGAAGACCAAAGGAGCUGAAAAACAUCUCUUGGGGAUCUUGAAAAGUGGGAAGAAGUCACGGUGGCUGAAGAAAUAUCUGAAUUCCAGACACUAUGUGACGUGUGUGGAGACAUAYCUGGAGGAUGAGGAGCAGCUGGACACGGUGGUUGGGUACCUGAAGGAGGUGUACAGGGAAAUGGACACCAAGAAUUUACACAAGAUCCUGGGUGAUGGCAUCAGAUUCAUAUCAGAUGUGCUUUUACCUGAGGCCAUCAUCUGUGCCAUUGCUGCUGUGGAUGACAUAGAUUAUGAGAAAGCAGAAGAGAAGUACAUUAAAGGACCACCUGUGACCAAGAGAGAGAGGGAGUUAUUUGACGAGCAAGUCCUGGGAAGCAAAAAACUCAAGACCGAGUCAGAGCCCUGGGAGAGCUGAGGAGUGGCCRGGGCUGCCCUGGGGCCAGGUGUCAAUAACCAGUGGUGUUUUGUAUAAAAUGUGGCAUUCUUUGUAAAGUCUGUGUGUAUAUUCCCAGUUAUUCUGCUCCCAGACCCAGCUGGGCCUCAGUUCUCACUGCUUCCCGUGGCCUCACCGUGUUCAGUUGCCUGUGAUCCAUCAGAUCCACCAGAUCCUCAUCCAUCAGUGCCCUCUGGGGGCUGGCAGAGMCCCCCAGUGCUGUGCAGAACUUCCUGCUGCUCCACCAAUUUCCAUUUGGAUGGUUUUAGCCAAAUCCCCGGCAUGGGAAGGGCUCUGGCCCUGGUUUUGUGGCCAGUGGUGGCCUCACUGCUCAUGAUGAAAGCAGGGGGUUCCUGGCAGGAAACACUCCCAGGGGUUCACUCUUCCUGCUUCACAUGACUCCAAGUGUGGGAAAGCAGGUUGGUGUCCAGGGCUGCACCCUGCAUCACAAAGCUUUGGGGUUUUGUUGUAAAAUUCCAUGGGGAAGGAAUCCAGGUUUGCUGAAAAACAAAAGCAUUCCCUUUUCYUCUAACAGUGAUUCAUCUGAAUGCUGGUUUAUUGCCUCUUUUGAGGCUGUGAAUUUAAUUGUUUUAAUUGUCUUUUUCUCAUCUAAAUUCCCAAUUUAAUCCUCUUCAGCUCCCUGCCCACCUUUGCUGGAGCUGUGGCACAUGGAAACAGUGUCACCAAGAACUAAUUAAUGAUGAAUAAUGAUAAAUGAUACAUAAAACCCCCUGAUUAGGGUUUCUCUAUGAUAAUGAAAUGUCAUCUCCUUGCUUGUCCAGUAAAACCCAGGAUGAUUUGAAAUAAAGAAGUUUAAAUUGGGAUCCAGAUGUCUAUCCUGGCUGUAGUAAUUAUCUGAAUAUAUUUUAAUUACACUUUUAAUUGCUCUGUGCUCUCUAAUGAGUUUCACCAUGGAAUCCUCACUCCCGUUAUCUCAAGUACCUCAAUUAUAGGGACUGAUCAGGAAGUGAAGGUUUUAUUAAAACUUGUGAGGAGGGAUAAUGAGUUUUAUGGGACAGUAUAAAAAACUAAUGAUUGAGUUAACUCAGAGCUGUGAGUGGCACUUUUCCUUUGCAAGUGAGAGAUUGGGGAGGAACUUCCUGCCCCUGCUCCCGGUGCUCUGAGGUGAUUUGGAGAUGGGGGAUCAACUUCCCAUCCUUUGCAUUAACCUUGUGUUCCAUUCUCCAUUAAAAUUCCUCGUGCUGUGAAGAUCCUUCUCCACCCCAGUGCACAGAAGCAGAACCACCUCACCUUGCCUUCACUUCAGUUUUGGAAUCYUGGGAUGGUUUGGGGUKGAGGGGACCUUGAACCCCAAUCCAUGUGCAGAGACACCUUGCACRAUCCCAGGCUGCUCCAAGCCCUGUCCACCCUCGCCUUGGCCAUUCCAGGGAAAAUCCUGACCUUGUACCACCCCUUUCCAGUGCUGCCCCACCGGUCAUUUACUGGUACUGGACACCAGGCUCAG